UGUUUGUUGCUGUUUCUUAGAGCCGCACCAGCUCGACGUCACACCCGUGCGAUGUGCCAAUAUUCAUUGAUAAAUAUCGAAAGCGAGUGAGACUUGAAACCGUUCUGUGCCAAUUUUAACUUAAGGUGGCGUGAGGGAAAUUCUUAUUUCAAUCGCCAAUUAUGAAAUGUAAAUGCAAAUUCGCAGCGGAGGAUUUACACUUCAACUCCUGACGCAGGUUUCUCUCAAUUUCGAAUUCUAAUUUGGGCAUUAAAAAAAGUGUCUGCUCUCCGUCCAGUGUUGAUUGGAAGAGAGUAAGGAUUUGCAAUUUUCAACCUGUGAAACUUUUUUUGGAAUCUUAAAAGUUUUUGGAUAACAUGUGGGAGAUGAGUACCAUGGAACGAAGAUAUUCGGUGCCCCCCAGCACCCUCUCGGAUCCAUCCGGGAGAUAUCGCACCACAGAAGAUCUUCACGCCUGGAGCAUCUACCGACAGAACCUCAACUCAGACUUCACCGACAGCGCCCUUGAUACGGGGCACAAAUCCCAACCUCCAUUCGGAAACUUUCGCCUUCGCGAAAGCACCGUUCAGACCAUUCUCAAUCAUCCCAAGUACGGUCCGAAGGAGAGGAACUCAGAACUCGGGUCCAACGUCUUCACCUACCUCCGUUUCGGGUUGCCCCGAGUCUUGCCGCACCCCCCGGUGAAGCCCCUGCGCAACGGCUCCAGCGGCUACGAUUCCAGCGACGAUAAUGCCUCCCCUUACCUGGAUCGGGGCAGGAGAACUCGCAGCGACCCCGAUUUCCGUAAUCACGUGAUUCCACCAGGCACGCCCUCCGGUCUCGACGCCGACACCCGGAAAAGCAGUCGCCUGAAGGCGAGCAGUGAAGCCGAUCUGCUGGCGGCCGACUCCCGGGCGCAGUCACGGCAGCAGGUGAUUAAGGCGCGGGAGGACGCCAGGGAAGGCUACCAGAGGAAUCCGAUGCCGGGAAACGGGCACGCUGUGUCGCCCGGAUCGCACUUGUCCGUCAAUUCCAGGAUGUCGCCGGAUCAGUCUUCGUACCGAAGUCCUAAGCUGGAUGGCUUCUACCACGAUGCCCCGAUGCUGAACGAACGCUUCUUCCCGAAGGACAGUUUCUACUCAACUCUCCCUGGUGCGUCGAGCGAGGGUGGCCUUCCCAGAUACCCCCACCUUCAGGUCCGGGACCUCAGCUAUGAGCUGGACAUGUCCUCUGCAUGGCACACCCUUUGUGGAGGGGCUCGGACCAAGCUGAGGAUGCUCGAGGGACUCUCCUUCGAGGUGAGGGGAGGAGAAAUUCUCGCCAUCAUGGCCACCACAGAGAAUGAAGGCACGGCGCUUCUGGACAUCCUCGCCAACCGACACCGCAAAUGGCGCUGUCGCCUCAGGGGCGAGUUCAUGGUCAAUGGUCUCUACCUCACCCUCAAGAAGUUGGAGCGCUGCGUCGCCUAUGUCCAGAGACACACGGACUUUGGCCCGGACAUGAGCGUCCGGCAGACACUGCUUUUCACGUCCCUGUUGCAAGAGCCUGACAAUAACAGGGGUUUCGAUACAAAGAGUAGGAUUAAUGCCCUGAUCGAGGAUUUGGGACUCGGUCAGGUGAAGCAUACCAGAGUGUCUGAUCUGACUGAAUCGGAGAAGAGGCGACUGAAUGUUGCGUCGCAGCUCUUAUUGGACACAGAUAUCGUUCUGCUGGACCAACCCACGAAAGGAAUGGACAUCUUCGACACAUUCUUCUUGGUCGAAUACUUGCGGCAGUGGGCGGCAAGGGGCCGAAUCGUCAUCAUGACCAUCCACCCUCCCACUUACGAAAUCUUCACCAUGAUAUCUAGAGUGGCCAUGAUUUCUACGGGAAGGAUGCUCUUCUUCGGAAAGCGGAGAGAUAUGCUCUCCUACUUUGCCUACAUCGACUUCCCCUGUCCGGCUUACAAAAAUCCGUCCGAUUACUACCUUGAUCUAGUGACUCUGGACAACUUGUCGGCCGAGGCAAUGCUGGAGUCGAGCCAGCGGGUGGAGAACUUGGUGGAAAUAUUCCGGCGGAGACAGGAGCCCCUCUCUGACCCGGGGCCCCCCGGAGUACCUCCUGCCAUCAUAAAGAGGGCCAAUAUAUGCACUCAGGUGCUGACUUUGUGGAUCCGUGUCUUGAUCUACACCUUCCCGUUCAACGUGGUUCACUUCUGCGGCGAAGUAUUCCUGGCUGCCCUCAUGUCCGUCUGCAUUGGCACAGCAUUCUGGAAUGUGAGGAGUGGACGAGAGCAGGAACAUGUCGAGGAUAGGUUUGGCUUCUAUUACGUCAUGCUGGCGUUGGCCAUCUGGCCUACGCUUCUCUAUACGAUCACGAGUGCUUGGAAGGAGAAAGGAAUCGUCAGUCGAGACACAAGAGAGAGAUUGUAUCACAAAUUUACUUAUGCCAUAUGCAAGCUGACCUAUAGCGUGAUACCUGCUGCUGCUGUAGCAGUCGCCUAUGCAGUUCCAGCCUACUCCAUGGCAGGCUUACAGACCACCUCCAGAGUCCGCCCCUUCGGCGUUUACAUCGGCUACAUGAUCCUCUACCUGCUCACCCUCCGCAUGAUGGCUCUCGCCUGCACCUGGGCCUGUUCCACUCGCCACCUUGCAGCCACCUGGACGGGAUUUCUCUUCACCAUCCUAUCUCUCGUAGCUGGUUACAGCAUCCACCCUCUCGAUAUAUCCAUCAUGUUCUCCUGGGCCCAAUGGGUGUCUCCUGUCCACUGGAUCUACAACCUGUUGGUGCAGAACGAGUUCAACUCGUCCCUCACUGAAGACAUACGAUAUUCGUGCACCAGGAAUCCGGUGGUGCAGCAAGAGAACGCAAUUCUCAUGAGAGCGGAGUGUGGCAUGCCCACAGACUGGGAUGCCUUGAAGUUCCACGGCGCGCAAGAGCAGUGGCCAUUCUACCAGCCAAUAAGCAUCGUCAUUGUGUUCCACGCAGUGUGCUUGGUCGUUGGAUUGUUUCUCUUUCUGACUGUCAGCCAUUCGAAGAAAAAACGACCCGAAAAAGAAAGACUAUAAAUAUGUAGAACUAUUCAAGUACGACUAAAUUUUAUUUGGAAUUUAGGCUUUUCACGAUCCUGCUCAUUCUUAUAGACCCAUUAGUCUUCGAUUCGAGAAGAAUUUGUGCAGUCCAAGAAUGAGACCAAUUUUUAAACAUUUUACAUCAGGGAAUAAGGUCGGGUUUAUACAGUGUGAAUUUUAAGUACUUAAUUAUUGACUGAUUGAUGGCUAUUUCAAUGGAUUAUUCAAAUUACUUCCUGAAAAUGUAAUUACAAGUUAAAUUUUUAUAUUUAAGGUCUCGUCAACAAAGAACGCGAAAUAUUUAUUCGGACUUCUUCAGUAGCCUUAUUUGUGAAAUGUCACGUGCUUUAUGAAUUAGCUUAUGACUAAAUCUUCUUUGAUGUAAAAUAACAUGUAAAAAUUCUAAUAGUGUAAUGUUCAAGUAGCAACUCUAUUGUGCCAAACUGUUGCCUUUUGUGUUUUUAAUAUAAAUGUGACACUGCAGGAAACUCGCCAAUCCAGAGUAAAUCAGUUGUCUGUGACGGAAAUUUUUAUCUUGUAAAAUGGGGAGCGGCAUUUUCCUGCUGUGUGUAAAUGAAGUGUUUGUGACUAUUUAAUCAGUUAAGUGUAUACAGCUAAGCUGCCAUUUGCUUGUAAAUAAACUACUGAACUUCGGA